AUGUCAGAAAAGGAAGAAACGUCAUCCAUCGAAACCGAGCAACAGAGCAACAGAUCACCUUCUCAGCUGUCAGAGACGGACUUCAGCACGUUAUAUCCUUUGUACACCAAUGCUGAGGCACAAACGUUACCUGUAGAAAUACCACCUGGGAACGACUGGCGUUCCGCCCGGCUAAAAGCUGCAGCCCAGGUACAAACAUCAAAUAUUUCCCUGGAAAAGUCGGUUUCUCUGCUGCAAGGUGGAAUGCUGCAGCCUUCAAAACUCAAGUCAGAAAAAUCAGAGAUGCUGGCAGAGGAGUUGGAGUCUCCUCUUGCCAUAAAAGAGAAUAUUCUCCCAUCUAAGCCAAUGGAAACUGGCAUACAGACAUCUGGUCCUGAGAUUCAGGGAGAGGAUAAGCAGAGUUUGUCACAACAUUAUGAUUACCAAUUCCAGCCAUCAACUAUUGAGCUUCUGAAGAAGCUUUCUUUCCUAUCACAGAUUGAAACGAUGGAAUCGACAUCCCGCACUGAGUUGCUGAAGAAGGUUUCUUCGCUGUCAGUGAAUGAUCCACAGGCGCAAACUUCGAUUUAUGAAUUGCAGAGGAAACCUUCUGCUUUGUCGGACUCUGCAGCUCAAGGUCAGGUCUUAAAUGUUGAGCUUCUGAAGGAGCGUCUUUCUUCAGCACAAGUUACAGCAUCCUCAGAUUACGAGCGGGCAGGGAAGCUUCUUCUCCCAUCCCCAGCAAAAGAAGUCCAGAUACAAACCUCUGACCCAGAACUAAUGAAGAUGUCUUCCUCAUCACACACUGUGACCCAGGGAGAGACUUCAGAAGCUGACCUCCGUAAGUACUCCUCCUUGUCUCUGAUUGAGGCCAUGGAUGGAAAUCAGGAGGAGAUAACAGAAGGAAGGGAGUAUCUUAUUACACCUCAGCUAAUCGAAUCCCAGAUCCGCAAGUGGUACCACGAAUUUCCAGAAGUGCAAACAGCUUCUCAGGCUCCAGCCCGAAGGGAACCUCUUUUAUCACUGACAGCUGACAGCGAGGUACAGACGUCGUCUUUUGAAAUUCCUCAGGGAAAUAGGUGGCGGGCAUCACGCCUACAAGCCAACGCUGAGGUGCAGACCUCGGAGCGUGAACCGACAGCGGAAGAAGUGAAACCUUGCCAUCAGUCAUGGGACAAGGCUGAGACACAAACUUCCUUGCUUGACAUAUGGCGAUCACGAGACUUGGCUGAUGCCCAGUUUCAGACUUCCGAUUUGGGUUUAGCCACAACAGAAGUGGAGCCCCCUCCUCCAUUAAAAGAGUCAGCACCUCAGCUGAGGAGUGAUCUCAGAAAGCACCGCCGGCUGUCUGAAGAGAAGCCCCUCAUGGCUUCUGCCGUAGCCUCAGCGGCUGCUGUCCAGACCUGCCUCCUGGUCUUUCAGCUUGCCCUGGCAGGGAACGUUCUUGGUGGGAGGGUGCUGAUUUGGCCAACAGAAGCCAGCCAUUGGCUAAAUAUCAAGAUCAUCAUUGAAGAAAUGAUCGAGAGGGGACACAACAUCAGCGUCCUGGUGUCUACUGCAUCGCUCUUCAUCCAGCCUGGGGAUGUGCCAGCAGCCAGGUUUGAAUUGUACCCCGUGCCCUUUGGCAAGGAGGACCUCGACUCCCUCAUCCAGGACAUCGUGAUGCUGUGGCUGCACAACAGGCCAACCACUCUGACUUUCCACCAGUUUUACAAAGAACUGGGGAAGCUGGUGAAGAAAGCCAACGUGCUCAAUAAGCAGAUGUGUGACGGGGUGCUGGCCAACCAGGACCUCCUGGUCCGGUUGCAAAAGAGCCACUUUGAUGUCCUCCUUGCUGACCCAGUGACCAUCUGUGGUGAUCUGGUGGCCCUGAAGCUGGGAAUCCCGUUUGUGUACACACUGCGCUUCACGCCGGCCUUCACAGUGGAAAGGCAUUGUGGGAUGAUACCGGCCCUUCCUUCCUAUGUGCCAGCUGUCCUAUCAGAGCUCACAGACAGAAUGUCAUUUGGAGAAAGGAUUAAAAAUACCCUGUCCUAUCAAGUACAAGAUUAUGUUUUCCAGAGCUACUGGGGAGAAUGGGAUUCUUAUUACAGUCACAUUCUAGCCGAUAACAGCCACUGGAUCAAUCUGAAGGUGAUCAUGGAAGAGCUCACCGCCAGGGGCCAUCGGGUAACCGUGCUGCUGCCUUCAUACUUCCAGAUAACUGACUCCAACCAACCUUCCCCUUUCCACUUGGAAGAGGUCACGGUUCCAUUCCCGAAAGCAGAGAUGGAUGCUUUGUUGCUGAAGAUUUUGCAUAUGUCGCUGUAUGAGCAGCCUAAAAUGUCUUUGUGGGAAUUUUCCUCCACGUUUUAUGGCUUAGCUGUGGAGCUGAUCUCCAAGAACAAAAUUCUCUGCGACACGGUUGUUUUGAAUGAAAAACUAAUGAAGAAGCUGCAGUCGUCUGGCUUUGACCUUCUCAUUGCAGAUCCCCUCAUGCCUGGUGGCGAGCUGGUGGCUGAGAAGCUACGGAUUCCGUUUGUGUAUUCCUUAAGGUUUUCUUUAGGAAACACAGUGGAGCGUCUCUGUGGGGGCCUCCCGGCCCCUCCUUCAUACGUCCCAGCAGCCACCUCUGGGCUAGUGGACAGGAUGUCCUUCACAGAGAGGAUGAAAAAUCUCCUCCUUUAUAUCUCUCUUGACUUCAUUUUCCAUCAAGUACUUGUAGGAGACUGGAACCAGUACUACAGUGAUGUCCUAGGGAGGCCCACGACGCUGUGUGAAACGAUGGGGAAAGCAGAGCUGUGGCUGAUCCGGACCUACUGGGACUUUGAAUUCCCUCGGCCUCUCCUCCCCAAUUUUGAAUUUGUUGGGGGUCUGCACUGCAAGCCGGCCAAGCCUUUGCCGGAGGAAAUUGAAGAAUUCGUCCAGAGCUCAGGGGAACAUGGCAUUGUGGUCUUUUCUCUUGGAUCAAUGGUUCAUAACUUAACAGAUGAAAAGAGUAAUAUGAUAGCUUCAGCACUCAGCCAAAUUCCACAAAAGGUGCUUUGGAGGUACAAAGGGAAAAGGCCGGAAACAUUAGGAUCCAACACCAGGCUUUAUGACUGGAUACCACAAAACGAUCUUCUUGGACACCCCAAGACCAAAGCAUUUAUAACACACGGUGGAACGAAUGGGAUCUAUGAAGCUAUUUACCAUGGGAUUCCCAUGGUUGGAAUCCCCCUGUUUGCUGAUCAACAUGAUAAUAUUGUCCACAUGAGUGCAAAGGGAAUGGCUGUGGAUCUGAACUUCCAUACAAUGACAGCCCAAGAUUUGGUGGAGGCCGUGAAGGCUGUCAUUCACAAUUCUACGUACAAAGAAAACGCUGUCAGGCUGUCUCAGAUUCACCAUGACCAGCCCAUAAAGCCUCUGGACCGAGCCAUCUUUUGGAUUGAGUUUAUCAUGCGCCACAAAAGUGCCAAGCACUUGAGGCCAGCCGCCCAUCACUUGAAUUGGUACCAGUAUCACUGCCUGGACGUCUUGGCAUUCUUGACUGUUUGCGCAGCAGUAUUUGUCUUCAUUGCUGUGAAAUGCUGCGUGUUUUGUUGUUGGAAAUGUGGUAGGGUGAUUAAGAAAAGAAAGACAGAGUAA